AUGGCAGUAACUCGUGCAGCAGGUGUUUUCUCCAAGUUUGCAACAGGCAAACACCCUUUAUUGUCAGCUCAUAAACAUAUCAGCUUCGAGUACAAGGACGAUGUGGCUGUUAUACGAUUCAAUGAUCCAACAUCGAAGGUGAACAAACAGUCUCUGCAGUUGCAUGAGUUGGCUGACGUGUUGGGAGACAUCUGGCUUUAUAGAUCUUCAAAAAGUGUUGUCCUCAUUUCAGGCAAACUUACUGGUUUGCUUACUGCUCCAGCAGAUAGCAAUAUGCUUCAGUCCUGUACAACUAGUGAGGAGGUCGCCAGUCUCUGUGAGGAAGCUCAGAAGUUGUUUAAGAGAAUUGAGCAGUCUCGUGUCCCCAUUGUCGCCGCUAUCCAUGGCUCAUGCCUGAGUCGAGGCCUUGAGCUUGCAACAGCCUGCCACUACAGAAUUGCCACGAAGAGUAAAGAAACAGUCCUGGGGACUCCGGAGGUCAUGUUGGGACUGCUGCCGGGAGCAGGUGGCACUCAGAGACUACCUAAAAUGGUGGGUCUCCUGGGAGCUUUUGAUAUGCUGCUGUCAGGCAAGAACAUCACAGCAGACGAAGCCAAGAAGAUGGGUCUAGUGGACCAGCUUGUGGACCCUCUGGGUCCUGGUCUGAAGUCUCCAGAGGAACGAACGAUGGAAUACCUUGAGGAAGUUGCAGUGGGUGUUGCCAAUGACUUGGCCAACAAAAAGAUUCCCCUUACUAGGGAAAAAAGCUUUAGACUGAAGCUGUGGGACGCAGUCACGGGCCUGGGUCCAGUGAGGAAGAUCAUCUACAGCACUGUCACUAAAAGAGUCCAGAAACAAACUAAAAACCUCUACCCUGCUCCGUUCCAGAUUAUUGAGUGUGUUAAAACUGGCAUAGAGCACGGCAGUAACGCAGGUUAUUUGGCUGAAGCUCAGAGCUUUGGUAAGUUGGUGAUGACUUCUGAAUCCAAAGCUUUGAUUGGACUUCACAAUGGUCGUUUGUUGUGUAAGAAGAACCGAUUUGGUCCCCCAGAAAAGGAAGUAAAAAAGCUGGCCAUUCUGGGUGCAGGGCUAAUGGGAGCAGGUAUAGCACAGGUAUCUGUAGAUAAAGGCCUCACCAGCAUCCUAAAGGACACCACAGAGGAUGCCAUCAGCAAAGGAUAUGAAAAGGUUCAUAAAAGUUUCGACACCAAGGUGAAGAAGAAAGCCAUGAUAUCAUUUGAGCGUGACGCCAUUAUGUCUAAUCUGUCGAUUCAGACGGAUUACUCUGGUUUUGAGUCUGCUGACAUGGUGAUAGAGGCUGUGUUUGAAGACCUCAACAUUAAACAUAAAGUCCUCAAGGAGGUGGAGGCAGUGAGUUGUAAAUCUGGAAAAGGAUUCUUUCUCUAUGGAAAGACUAAGAGUGUGAAUCCUGAAGUAGAAGAAAUUCUCAAGAACCAUCAAGUGACUGCUCCCUCUGCAAUUUCUUCAGAAUACGACAUGCAGUACCGGCUGCUGUCUCGCUGCAUAAACGAGUCGUUAAUGUGUCUCCAGGAGGGAAUAAUACAAAGCCCUCUAGAAGGAGACAUUGGAGCAGUGUUUGGGUAUGGGUUUCCUCCCAUGCACGGUGGUCCGUUCAGAUUUGUUGACACAUUUGGUGCAGAGCGCCUUGUGAGCCUCAUGAAACGUUUUGAGGAUGUUUAUGGAAACCAGUUUACACCCUGCCAGCUUCUACUAGACCACACCAAAGACCCCAGCAAAAGGUUUUAUCAAUCAUCCCCCUCCCUGCUUCAAUACUAA